AUGUCGUCCACCGCCCACUCUCCCCAAAAGAUCAAGCUGUGCGAGCAUGUCCUGCUACAGCAUUUCGGCCCCAUCGCUGCCCGCGUUGGCGCACUCCUGCUCAAACGCGGACGACUGACCAUCAAAGAGAUCGGGCGCUUCCUCAACCAGCAACCCACGCGCACCAACCGCGGUCCCAUCGAUCCAUUCGGCAACUACACCGCCACCAACAGCAAAUCCACCCUCGUCUCGGCUCCCAUCGCAGGUGCCAGCUCCAGCUACAACACCAGCGACCCAAACGCUCCCGUACCCGUGCCCAAACAUCUCGUCGAACAGACCGUCAUGACGCUCAUCCAGCACGGAUGCGCCUGGCACAGCUCCACCGACCCCGACAUUGCCGAUCCGAACCAGGAGUUCUUCGAGAUCAACAUCAACGAAGUGCUGCUCAGACUGCGCUUCGGAAGAUACAUCGGGAUCGCCGAGGACGAGCUGGGUGAUACAGCUGCUAGGAUCGUCAAGCUUGUCUUGCAGCACGGCAAGCUUCAGGCCAGCGAUAUCAUCGACCGCGUCACAUCCGAAAUGGAUGCGCAGCGUAAGGCGGCGUCUCUCGCUUCGGAAGCGCAAGCCGACCCUCCAAACGGCAACACGAACGGCUCCUCCAACAAGCGCAAAGCAGACACAGCAGCGGAGACAGCCGCUUUGCAGUCUCAAGUAGCACGCCAGCUCACCAUCCUCCUCUACCGAACCUAUCUACGCCCCAGCUCCGUCCACCAGCACGUCUCGCCACGCGACAAAGAGAUCAAAUACGAAGCCAAAAAGCGUCGCCAGCUACGCGGCAUCCCAACUCCAAAGGACCUGCAAAAGAUCAAGGAGGAGGUGCGCGCACAGAUCGCAGAGGAACGAGAUGCAGAUUGGGACGCUUCGGCAACCGCCGUGACGCUAGGCGCAGAUGGACUCGUCGCCGAUCAUCGCGAGACACGGCGUGGCCUACUCCGCAAACAGCACAGCGCCAUCGCCGUAGCCAGCGCAGCCAGCAAGACCAAACGCGCAAGGACCAGCACCAGGACCAAAGACAAAAAGGACAAGAACGGUGUCAACGGUUCCUCGCACGCCCCAUCGGCCACGCCAGACACGUUUGAUCCGGCGGACGACUUUGACAUCGACCCCACCGCCUGGUUGCGUGUGCACUUGGACCGCUUCGACGUGCACCUUCGCGACGAGAUCAUGAUCGAUGCCGUGCGCGAAAAGUACAACAACACGGCCGCGGAGGUGUUCCGUCACCUCAUCCAUGCGGGAGAUGCGUCUACGAGGAGGUCGGUGCGUGAUAUUCGCAGCGCACCUAUAUCCAUCGCUGCGUUGUCGCACAAGUUGCCGUCGGAUCUAUCGCUGCAGAAGGGGUUCGAUCGUCGGUCUUUCGGGAAAGAUAGGGCGUCGCUGCCUAGCAGGCAGGAGUUUCUCGCCGAGUACUGUGCCGUCUUUUCGCACUCCGAGGACAUUUCCGGUCGUUCGAAGAGUGUUCGGCUUAUGGCACCUGCUUCUGACGGCACCACCAAGUCUGCCGGUGGAUCCAAGAUCGCUUCUUCCUUCACGAUUGAAUUCGCCAACCUCGCAGAACGGAUGCGCAGGGAUCUGCUGCGGAACGUCGUCGAAGAGAAAUUCGGUACCGCCGCCAUCCGCAUCAUGAACAUCCUCCGCGAGAAGGGCAAGCUCGAAGAGAAACACAUCUCCAAACUCGCCCUAGUUUCCAUCUCCGAAACGCGCGAUCUCUGCUCCCGACUCUUCCACGCUUCGCUCCUCGGUCUACAGGAAGUCCCCAAGACCAAAGAUCGCGACCCCGCCAAAACCUUCUUCCUCUGGUUCGUCGACGAAUCCAAGUGCAGAGCUUGGUUGCUCGAUCACCUGUACCAGAGUCUCGCGAGAUUGGGUCAGAGGAGGAAUGAGGAGAUGAGGAGACAGACGCCGUUGUUGAGGAAAGUAGAGAGGUCGGAUGUCAAGAUGGAUACGGUAGGGUUGUUGACAGAGUGGGAGAGGGAAAGUUGGGCGAGGUUGCAGACGGUGGUGCAGACGCUGACCGUGGCAGAGAUGAGGACAGAGAUGGAUGUUUUCGUCAUGAGGGAUUUGGCUGCGGGGACGUAUGUCAGUGACGAGUAG